ACAAAAUUUCGAGCUCAUCUGCUAGAGUUUCCAUGGGGGAACCACUUAAAUUUAAUAUGAAUGAAUAUCUUGAAAAGAGGAAGCUCGAGUUAGCAGGUGACACCAUAGGCCUCGAAGAACUAGAGAAGAAGGUCCGUCAGCGUAUGGAAUCUGAGUUAGCUUCUGUUGCAAAACAGGAAAUUCCAACAACCAAGACGUCUACAUUGAAUACUGGUGGCGACGUGUCCGUCAACAAGUGUAAAAACGGAGUAGUAACUCAGAAAAGACAACAAGCUACUUCAUCGACUUCCAAGGUUAGUGGUAAUGUGACGACAAAUGAUGAGGAAAAGAAAGCUGCAGUUAAGAAUGAAAGGACAAUCGCUACUGCGACGUCAAAAUUAAAAAAUACUAGUAGUGGAAGUUUGCCUGUUAACAAAGAGAAGCAGGCUGGCUUAAACCAAAUAAAGUCAAAAUCCUCCUUAUCUGUACCAAAAGGGGUCACGGGAAUUUCUGCUGUAAUCAAUAAAGGAAAGCCAAUUUCAAAGGGUAUUGGCGGGAAUUUGAUUGCUAACAAAGUGAAGCAAUCUAUUCCCUUCCAUCUGGAAAAGCCAACAUCUUUGACAUCUACUUCAAAAAGUAUUGGCGGCAAUUUGCCUAAUAACAAGGGCAAACAAGCUGUUUAUCAAGGAAAGGUAACAUCUACUAGUGAUAAAUUGCAUCCUAAACAAGUUGCUAUUAAACAAGAAAAGACGAGAACAUUAUCAAGGUCGAGUAAUAAAAGUGCAAUCAAGUCGAUACCAAGAUUGCAAAUGUAUGUUGAGAGAUGGAAGUUAUCACGAGAAAAAGAUGGGAAAUAUAAGCCUUUGGAAUUAUUUUUGCCUUCAGAGAUUUUAAAUGAUAAGAAUUAUAUGCCUACCGUGGAACAAAUUGCAAGAGAAUUUGAAUUUGAGAGACUUCGAAGGCUUUUAGAGCAAGAUAAGGAAAAGUCGGACGGUGAUAAAAAACUUGAUCGUAAGAGAAUCGAACAUCUCAAUACACGAUUGGAAAUUGCAGCCUUCAGGAAUGAGAAAGGUCCUAAAAAGGAUGAGCAAAUCCGUGCUCAUAUAGCUUUUCUUAAUGAAAAAAAUUUUUUUAAAAAUAAGGUGACCCCGUUAGACGUCAUUGAGAAUCCUAAUCUUUUGAAAAAAGGUUUCGAACAAUUUCAAGAACAACAAAGAAAGAAGAGUCAAGAAAAGGGGUUACAGCGAAAAGAUAUAGAAAAGCAAUUGUUGGAAAGGAAAAGAGCUGGAGAAACAUGGGAACGUGAUUUGCAGCGGAAAGAAAAGUUUACGGAAGGAAGGAAAAUGGAAAAGAGAUCAGCAGAUAAAAGACGUCAUCAGGAGAGAGUUGUAGAAACGAAAAGACGUCAAGAAAAUUUUACAGAAGCAAGAAGAAAACUGGAAGUAGAAAAGGAACGGGCACGCAGACAAAAAUCGUCUGCUGAAACAGAAGGUCGAUUUAAGCGAGUAGUGGAUGAUACCUUACGCCCAGGUCAUCAUAACGUUCAAAAAAAAAGAAUUACGAAUGGGAAUGAAACCUUGCACAAGAAGAGAAAGUUUGAUGAACGUUCGGAGGCUACCUCCUCUUCUCGAGUAAAAAGAAGGAAUACUGGGAAUGACGAAUUCGAUAUUUAUAGAUUGGAUGAAGAAACGCUUAAGCAGAAUAUGUCCUCAAUCAUCCAUUCAUUAAUUCGCCCAGGGAGGCGACCCAUCCAUGGGAUGGUAGACGACAAUGAUGAUGACAUAAUGGAGGUAUCUGGGUAUCAAGUAUUGCGUGAGGAAGCACGCAGUUCCCGUCUCGCAAAACAAGAAGACGAGGAGGAAGAACGUUUAGAACAACAAAGACGCAUGAAAAAGAAGGACAAAAAAGUCAAACGUUAA